AUGGAAUUUUGGUUAAAAGACGGAAUUGCCCCCGUCUCUCAGACACUCUCUCUCUCUCCUCCGGCGCGUCUCUCUCUCCUCUCGCGCGACGAUUGGAACAGCCGGCCACGUUUUGGCCGGCCGUGCUCUCGUCCGGCCACCAAAGUUGACGGGGCCGGUACCAAAAUGACCGGGCCGCCGUCCUCUUCCUACCCCGGCCAGGUCCCGUCGCCAGCCGCCGUGGUUUCGCCGGAAAACGAGGAGAAAAGCUCCGGUUUUGACAGAAAAUUCGCCGGCUUCGUUCUCCGUCGUCCGGCCGCCAUUUUUUGGCGAUCAAGAUUAUCUGAUUUUCGAGUUAGGGUUCGGCCGGAUUUCGGGAUGAGAUUCCGGCCACUUCCGAGUUCCGAACGGAUAUCGCAUAUCGCGUAUUUUCCGGGUUCGCUGGGUUUGGACCGUUGGAUGGUAUUACCAGGAUCGUGUAGGAUUCGACGGAUCGUAAAACGGAGUCCCGGAUACUCCAGAAAUGCCAACCCUGGGGUUAGGGUUUUAGUAACCGUCCGAUCGUGCGAUCGUGAGCGAUCCGACCGUCCGAUCUGGACCAAACUUGCAGGACGUGCAUCCUAG